AUGUGGCAAUGCGGAUUUAACAAUCUGAAAAGAGAUCGAGAUCUCACACAUUUGGAAAAUCAUCCCGUGUUGACAACCUUACCGCUCAAUCCCCGAGACGCUUUCUUCGGAGGAAGGACGGGGAAUGCGAUGACAUACCACAGGUGUACGGAAGAUGAGCAAAUACACUACGUAGACGUAUGUUCCCUCUAUCCCUACGUCUGUAAACGGGGCAAAUAUGCGAUUUCCCAUCCUACCAUCUACAUUGGUGACAAAGAGUGCAGGGAAAGGGGAAUGCAAGCUGAGGGUCUUCUAAAGUGCAAAGUGCUUCCUCCAAAAGAUCUGUACCACCCAGUGCUUCCAGCUCGAAUGAAUGACAAAUUAAUGUUCGUACUGUGCAAUGAUUGCGGCGAAGAGCUCAACAGCGGAGAAUGUCAACAUAGCGACGACGAAAGGGCGUUGAUUGGCACAUGGACGAUGGAUGAAAUACGCAGAGCAGUUGAAAAAAGCUACAAAGUUGUCGAAAUGUACGAGUUGUGGGAGUACAAGAUGGCCACCUUCGAAGAAGGUGGACUGUUCACUGAAUUUAUAGAUAAAUUCUUAAAGAUAAAACAAGAAGCAUCUGGCUAUCCCUCCUGGUGCGUCACAGAUGAGGAUAGAGAGAGGUAUGUUCAAGACUACUUCGAGCACGAAGGAAUCAGACUAGAUCCAGUUAAAAUAGAGAAAAACGAAGGUCUCCGUUCUCUCGCAAAACUAAUGCUUAACUCGUUUUGGGGCAAGUUUGGUCAAAGGGAAAACCAAACAAAGACUCUCAUCACAAGGGAUCCUGAAGAACUCUUUAGACUAUGCAUGAACUCAGGAGUUAUCGUCAACACAAUACAGGAAGUCAGUGAAGACGUUGUUCUGGUCAGUUGGCAACAUCUAGAGGAGGUUGGCGAAUCAUUAAGUACGGUAAACGUUGUCCUAGCAGCCUACACUACAAGUCAAGCCCGAUUAAAGCUUUAUGAUCACCUGGAAGCACUGGUGUACGCUGUAAAACCGACAAAUCCCAAGACUUAUAUCCUGCAAGACUCACAAGGAACCAUCUUGAAAGGUGGAUUUUAUGAGCCUGAACUGGCCAAGGCGAACACGGGAAACGUUUAUUUAAUUGAAAAAGUGUUGAGAAGAAAGAAAGACAAGGUUUGCUCAAAGUGUACAGAGUCAUUCGUGAUCAUGGAGCGAAAGAGUGAAGACAUACAGGCUACUGUCGCUGCUGCUGUGUUGAAGGAGGAGGAGGAGAAGCAGCUGGAAAUCAUGGAUCUUUCGUCAAAACUGACAUCCCUCGAAAAGCAGGGUGAAAUUCAACCAAAGAUUUCAAUAAAGGAAUUAACGCGGAAAUCAGGAUACAAGAUUCUUGAGGCGAGGAAGGUUCACACCAAAUUUGACAGGAUGGCUGUCAUGCUGGUGAUAGAACAGGAUGGAUCGAAGACGGCUGUAACAUUUUUGCCUGCUAGGUUCGAGAGAUGCCUUAACGAGGAAGAUCUGCAAGAGAUGACAACGUCAAAAAAGUUUAGAGUUCGGUGUAGUAGCGGAUCUAAUGGACUUUCAGCGGACGUAAGGAUAUGGAAGUAA